CGGGCCAAAAAUGGUUGGACGGAAGGCAAUAAACAAAGGGCCAGACUCCAAACAUCGAGAUUCAAUGGCGCCUUCUUUCUCCUCAACUGUUCCCAUUUAUUCUUCGACUCUUUCUCCUCAUCACACCCCAUGGAAGACUGCAAAUUCCUCUAUCCUAGUCAAGCUCGACAGUAAACCAUCUCUCCUUUGCUGUUCCUCUAAGAAGAAAACCAGCUUCAUAGAUCAAAUUCUAGAUUACAUCGAAGGAGGACCCAAGUUAAGGAAGUGGUAUGGAGCACCUGAUCUACUCCCCAAAGAUGGGGUCCUUGCGGAUGAGGAGGAUGAAUAUGCAGGAGUAGAAGAAACUAGAGAUGCAGUCUUGGUGACAGAUGGAGAUAGCGAAAUUGGCCAAAUGGUAAUACUGUCAUUAAUUGUCAAAAGGGUUCGAGUCAAGGCCCUUGUGAAGGAUAAGCGGGCAGCUAUUGAAGCUUUUGGAACAUAUGUUGAGUCAAUAUCCGGAGAUGCAAGUAACAAGGCAGUCUUCAAGAAGGCUUUGAGAGGUGUUCGUGCAAUAAUAUGCCCAAAUGAUGGUUUCUUAUCUAAUGUUGGGAGCGUGAAAGGGGUAGAACAUAUAGUUCUAUUAUCUCAGUUGGCUGCUUAUAGGAGUAGCAGUGGUAUCCAAGCUCUCAUGACUGGUAACAUGAGAAAAUUGGCUGAGCAAGAUGAAUCAGUGGUUGUUGCUUCAGGCAUCCCGUACACCAUCAUCAGAGCAGGCUUGUUGCAAAAUUCUCCUGGUGGUGUACAAGGUUUUAGUUUUAAAGAGGGUAGUGCAGCACAAGGAAGAUUAAGUAAAGAAGAUGCUGCCUUUAUUUGUGUGGAGGCUCUUGAUGCAGUCCCACAGAGAGGACUCAUCUUUGAGGUGGCAAAUGGAGAAGAAAAGGUUUCAGACUGGAAACAGUGCUUUGCCACUCUGAUCGAAAAAGCUGAGCAGCAACCACUUCAGUGACCACACACAAACAAAUCCCUGAAUAUGAGUUGCUCAUCUAAGCCUUGGCACCGCUAGUCUCCAAUUGAUAUCGUCUGUGAGAAAGUCCAUUCCACAUGUUAAACAUUUUUCUUUUGAUGAAGAUUUCAUUGUAAACUUCUAUUUAAGCAUUUUUCUUUUGAUCAACAACAGUGAAAAAUGAUUUUAUCAUUUUAUUGAUGAAAUGUGAAAAGAUAUGUGAAAAAACAAAUUCCCCGCCCUGCAAAGAGAUGGGGAAGAAGGGGCGUGCAAAGGUUUUUACUAAUACAUUACAACUGCAUUCUGAUUCUUGGGCCUAGUUCCCUGCCUAUGCAAGUUCCCUGGUUGAUAAUUGUAAUUUCAUCUCUUAAAGAACAGCUUUUGAUGAAAUUUUCA